AUGCCUGCCCUGCUAAAGCUAUCUCGCUCGAUCGAGAAUCUGCGCGAGACGUUCCGCAGUCAACCCGCGUCUUAUGAAAAGAAGAAGAAUUAUCAUUACCGACGGGUCGUAGGGAGAGGGACGUUUGGGAAGGUGUUGAAACGUUACCCGCAAAAACCGGGCAAACGCGACGUUGCACUUAAAGUGGUCAAAAAGUCCGUCCUGAAGCGUGCGGAUAAGGAUAUUGUCACUUUUGAGUGUAAUAUCUUGAGUAAAUUGAAUCAUAUGAAUAUUGUACGGUUCUACGAAUGCUUUGAAUCGCAUAAUUCGUAUUAUAUGUCCUUCGAGUACGCUGCGGGCGGCGAGCUCUUUGAUCAACUAAAACAGCGCGGAGGCAAGUUCACGGAAGUCGAUGCAAAACAAUGUGUUCGUUCGAUCUUAAAUGGUGUAGAGUACUUGCAUGACAAUGGGAUCGUGCAUCAUGAUUUAAAACCUGAGAACAUCCUCCUCCGUACAAGAGCUCGCAACGCGGAUAUAGUACUGGCUGACUUCGGCGCAGCUCGACAUGUCAGACACCCGGACGACUUGUUAUACUGUGAUACUGGAACAUAUGACUACUCCCCUCCUGAAAUCUUUACUCGUAAAGGUCAUGGGACAAAGUUAGACAUUUGGGCUGUUGGUGUAAUUACACACGCAAUACUCUCAGGCAUGAUGCCCUUCCCUAACGAAACGCUCGCUGUCCUUAGACAGGCCAUUCUCCGCUGUCAACUUGCGUUCGAAGGACGUUACUGGACCAAAGUCUCACCCACUGCGAAAGCAUUCGUCUCCUUCCUUGUUCAUGCCGACCAGAAAACGCGCCCGACAGCUUCGGAGGCACUUGGGCAUCCAUGGCUCUGUCCCGAGGCGGAAGCAGAAGCAGAUGAACGAGGAACAGAAGCGCAGAAACGUACGAAGGAUGUUCCGAAUAAGAAGAGUGGGGAGACUGAGAGUGGAGAUGAGGAAGAAGUGAAGAUUUCGAUCGUCCCGACACAGAGCAUUCCGGACCUUCCGGGUCUUCGCGAAAACUACUCGUCCAUCGCACGUGCCAGAUGGCGUAUCGCGAUCGACAGCGCAAUUGCCGUUAAUCGACUCCGCGAAGGGGGUCGUGCUUAUUCGCGUCGCGUUUCCGAAUCGCGAGAACAGUUAGAAUACCCGUCGCGCGCGAGCACGAGUAUGAGCAUGUUGAGUGUGACGAGUACACAGAGCACGUUGGGAGGUUGGGGUGAUAGUACAGACAAUGUACCGGGGAGUUUGGAGGAGAGGGCGAACUCGCCGGAACAUUUGAAAGAAUUGGAGAAGCUCGUGAGCUCGGGAAUGAUUGAGAGGAGUUUGGCGAAUUCACCUACGCCACCGCCGUCUAUUACUGUGCCUUCCGGUAGGACUUCACGUUCAGAGAUGGUCCCGGGGCUGCCACGAUCGACGUCUCCUUUACCGGUACAAACCCACGCGCAUAAGCGGAGCCGGAGCCAGAAUCAAUUACACGCGCAAAUUCAGGCGUAUCGUAGUGCACCCACCCGUGCACUACCUCCUCCACCGCCUUCACAAGACGGUGAACCUUCACCAGAGGAACAGCCCAACCAAUCCCAGACACGACCACGAUUCCAAAUUCAACCUCAACCUCUCCGCCGUGCAAGCUCGAGCACACCCUCGGAGACGGAAACGUCCUCCUCAGGCGACUGUUCCUAUUCCUAUUCCUACUCCUACUCGAACUCCUACUCUGGGUCGACGUCUGUCUCGACUUCUGGGUUUGCUGCAUCACAGUCUAACACAGGAUGCAGAGACGCUAAUGCUUCCUCCGUGUCCGGUUCUGCUUCUGUAUGCGGAUCUAGGUAUGGAUCUGGGUACUCUUUGCGGUCUGGUUCUGGGGCUUCUUCCUCGCGGAUGACGCGCUCGACUGCUGCAACGUCGAUCGUGAGUUAUUGUUCUGAUAUAGAGGCUGAAGCGGAUAUGGAUGGCGAUGUUGGCACUGAGGAAUCAUUCUUGAAAGUGAGCGGAAACUCGUCUGAUAGCAGAAAACGGGAUGCUGGUAUGGGUUCAUAUCCGAUUGCAUAUGGGUAUUCGAGCACUUUGUCCGACAUGGGUGAGAGUACAGGCGCUCACCUGACGUAUAACAAUCAACCACAAUUCUCCGCGUACGACACAAGCUCACUCAAAACUCCUUCCGCAACCACCUUUACACACCCACAUGCACCUACAAAUAUGCCUGGAUCUAAAGAUACCAACGAAGCAAAAGAAGAAAGGGAUGAACUCAAGCUGGAGUUGGACGCAGAGGAGAUGCUGGGUUGGCGCACGUCGCUUAUCAGCCCCGAACUGGAGUACUCGUUGAAGACGUUCGCGGAGAAGUGGUGAUGCGUGAAAUAUAUGAAUCUGCCUCUUCUUUUAAUCCUUGAGGCGACGAGAGGUGUUGAGUUUCGAGGUCGUAAACCGGUACAGUCGGAUGGACGUUUAAUCUAAUGUAGUUCUAGAAUACCUUCUACCUAUCUAUCUUCCUACAUACUUCGUGUUUCCAAUCACCUUUAAUUACAUUUCCC